UGGAGUGAAUUAUUCAUACACUAAAAAAAGACAUGCAACUUAUGACUCAUUUCACAGUGGUUGUCGGCCUUCUACUUUUAGCGUUGCUCUACGUUGUGUCAUGGCGAAGAAGGAACACCACCACCAGCGGCGGUGGAACAUUACCUCCGGAGGCGGCUGGUGGGUGGCCCUUCAUCGGCCACCUCCACCAACUCCAGGCGCCGGUUCCUCUGGUUCGGACUUGGGGCGCGUUCGCCGAUAAAUAUGGGCCCAUAUUCACCGUCCGCCUCGGGAUUCCUCGAGCUGUGGUGGUUAGUAGUUGGGAAGCCGUCAGGGAUUGCUUCGCCACCAACGACAAAAUCUUUGCCGCCCGCCCAGAUUUAUGUGCAGGUAAAUAUCUUGCGUACAACUUCGCAGUGUUUACAUGGGCAACGUACGGUCCAUAUUGGCGGAAAAUGCGGAAGUUGUCGGUGGUGGAAUUACUGUCUAACAAAAGGCUUGACCAGCUGAAACAUAUUUGGAUCUCUGAGCUGCAGGCUAACAUCAAAGAAUUGUACACUUCAAUCGCCACUGAUGAUAGCAACAACAACGUUGAUUCUCCGACAGCCGCUAAGGUAGACAUGAGCCGAUGGUUCGAGCAAUUGACCUUAAAUAUGAUUGUGAAGAUAGUUGCUGGGAGGAGAUACGAGUACAGGGGAGAUGAUGGGGUUGAAGACCAAGAGGCUCGAGCUUUGAAACAAAUAUUCAAAGAAAACAUGUUUCUUGCAGGCCAAAUUGUAUCCGGAGAUGCACUAUCUCCAUCCUGGUUGUUUAGAUGGUUGGAUAUUGAAGGUCAUAUUAAGUCCAUGAAGAGGGUUGCUAAAGCAAAGGAUGCCAUUUUUCAAGAUUGGGUCAAUGAACAUGUCAACAAGAAGAUCGAGAAGAAAAACCCGCAGUCAUUAUCUGCCGGGGAUGAAGCUCGGGAUAUUAUCGAUGUCAUGAUUUCUGUGAUCGACGACAAAUUUAUGGAUGGCAUUAGCUUUACACGUGACACCAUUAUCAAGGCAACAAUCCGGAGUAUGCUUUUGGAUGGUGUUGACACCAUUGCCGUUCAUUUGAUAUGGGUGUUAUCUGAGAUGUUGAACAAUAGACAUGUUAUGAAGCUAGCUCAAGAAGAGAUAGACACCAAAGUUGGAACAGAAAGGCUUGUUGAAGAUUCCGACAUUGAAAAUCUAGUAUACCUACAAGCUGUCGUCAAAGAAACAUUGCGGUUGCAUCCACCAUUGCCUUUCCUAGUACCACACGAAGCCAUGGAAGAUUGUACUGUGGGCGGUUAUCAUAUUCCAAAGGGCACUCAGUUGUAUGUGAACGUAUGGAGGCUGCACCGAGACCCCGAGAUUUGGUCCCAGCCCGAGAAGUUCCUACCCGAGAGAUUCUUGGAGGCGGACGUGGCUGCAAAUCGCCAAUUUCAAUUCAUCCCGUUUGGUUCUGGGCGACGAUCCUGUCCUGGAAUGUUAUAUGCUAUGCGAGUUACACAUCUUACGCUUGCUAGAUUACUUCAAGGUUUCAAUUUUAGUACGGUUUCAAAUGCGGCAUUGGACAUGACAGAAGGCCUUGGGAUCACUCUGCCUAGAGCAAAUCCACUGGAGGUGCUUGUUACCCCUCGCCUACACUAUGUUCUCUAGGGACAAUAUCACAAAAUACAAGUAAAUAGUUUGUGCUCUGUAAGUUUGUUGUGAAGUUAAUUAUUAGCAUUAAUCUUCUUGAGUGCUUAAUUGCUUA